AUGGCCAUCAAGUUCUACAAUGUGUUUGAUCAUGCGAUUGUGCGGGAUCAACUCAUAGCCAACACGGUGUUGACGGCCGUCAGCACGGUCGCUUUGGUCCUGCGGUUCAUUUCGCGGCGGAUCCGGGAGAGUCAUUUGUGGUGGGAUGAUGCGUUUUGUGUGAUUUCGAUGCUGCAUACCUAUGGCAUGCUGGCCAUGCAUUACCAUUAUGCUCGGGUGGGAAUGCGGUAUCAUGUUGAUGAAAUCCCCCCUCAGAACACGAUCUUGGUGUUUAAGAUGCUUAUCAUCUACCAAGUCAUCUACUAUAAUGCCAUGGUCACAGCCAAAAUCUCGUAUCUUUUCUUCUACCUGCGCAUCUUCGUGACUCGAGGGUUCCGGAUCGCCGCCUGGGUCGUCAUGGGCUGUGCCUGUGCUUACUGGCUGGGGAGCAUGCUGCAGAUAUUCCUCAUCUGCCAGCCCUUUGCCAAAAACUGGAAUCCGGCAUUGCCGGGACACUGCGCGAGUCAGAACGUGGCGUUCUCAACCAUCGGAGCGUUUAACCUGAUCACUGAUUUCAUGGUUAUGAUUCUCCCGAUCCAUUUUAUCUACAAGUUGCAGAUGUCCACGGCGACGAAGAUUGCUCUAUAUGGUAUCUUUUGUCUGGGUUUGUUCAUCUCCGCCAUCACGAUCGUUCGGAUUCGUGUCCUCACAACGGUCGACUUCCUGGACCUCCCAUACUCGAUGAUCUGGGCAGCAUUCUGGAGUGUGACGGAACCAGCUCUCGCCAUCACCAACUCCUGCGUGCCCAUGAUGCGACCGGUCGUGAAGGCCGCAUUCCCAGGCCUUUUCUCGUCGGCGAAGCCAACUUACACAUCGGAGACAGGACCGUCGGGCGCCUCGGGAAACGCCUUUAAGCGAAUGACAGACCCAGAAGGCGACGUUCCUCUCACCCAGCUUGACGAAAUGCCAUCUAAGUCAGGGAGUCGGCCAGAAUACGAACCGUCGUUGAACGACCGAUCGCAUGAUGGAGCGAGUUCGGCGCAUCAUUUGCCGCGGAGUAUGAUUGGGUCGAGUACGGCGAAGGCGUGGUCCUGACGAUUUUCUUUUGUAUAGAUAUCUAAAAAUAGUUGGGGUGUGAAGUAAU